CCGCAAAAUAAAAAUCGUGAAAAGCAUGCUGCAGAGAAAAAAUAUGGCUACGGAAAAUCUGUAGCUAGCCUACUACUUUUGAAAGAAAGCUCUCUCUUUCUGAUUCGGUCAUCUCUUUCGCGAAUUGAGAUCGAGAGAGAGAGAGAGAGAGAGAGAGAGAGAGAUAGAGAAAUGGGCGUGGCCGAGAACGGAGGAGUGGCGUGCAAGUGCAUGAGAGAGAAGAGCUUGAAAUUCAACAGCAGUAGUCUCAGUGGAGGAGGAGGAGUAUUCCGUUAUUGGGAGAAGAGGAAAUUUAGGAAGAAUCUCGUUAACGUCUUUCAGAUUCCUCUCCUCCGAUGGGAGCUCUCUUCGUCGAGAUCAGUCGCCAGCAGUAAUCGAAUUCUCAGCCUGGAUGCUCGGGAGAAAUCAAGAUCCAGAUUGUUUGCAUUAUCCAAACAUAAGAGGGUCCCAAUCUUUGUGAUGAUGCCUAUUGAUUCAUUUUGUACUGAUACUUCUGGGGAUAUGAAAAUUAGAAAAAUCAAGGCCUUAACUGUAUCUUUAAAAGCACUCAAGUUGGCAGGUGUCUAUGGCAUUGCAGUUGAGGUUUGGUGGGGGAUUGUCGAGCGUACUUCUCCUUUUGCAUAUAACUGGUCUCUUUAUGAAGAGCUUUUCAAAUUGAUAUCUGAUUCGGGGCUGAAGUUGCACAUUGCAUUAUCUUUCCACUCAAACAUGCAUUUAUCGUCUGCAGUGCAAGGAAGAGUUAGUCUUCCAUUGUGGAUUGUAGAGAUUGGUCGUCACAAUAAGGAUAUUUAUUAUCAAGACCAGAAUGGGCUGUCGAAUGAUGAUUAUCUUACUUUAGGGGUGGACCAACACCCUUUAUUUUGUGGCCGAACUGCCCUCCAAUGUUAUGAAGACUUCAUGUCCAAUUUUGUUAAUAAAUUUGAAGCGCUUAUAGGAACUUUAAUUGAGGAAGUGAGUGUUGGUCUUGGUCCUUGUGGGGAACUCAGGUAUCCUGCACAUCCCUUUGGUGAUGGUAGAUGGAGAUUCCCUGGAAUUGGUGAAUUCCAGUGUUAUGACAAGUACAUGAUGGAAGACUUAAAGAAGGCUGCUUACCAAGAAGGGAAGCCUCAAUGGGGAAAUACGGGCCCUCAAAAUGCUGGAUACUAUAACAGCUUUCCAUCUGAGGUUCCUUUCUUUGAAGAGGGACAUGAUAGCUUCCUUUCAGAUUAUGGCCGUUUUUUCCUUGAAUGGUACAGUAGCAAGCUGAUCCGUCACGCAGAUGUCAUUCUUGCUAAGGCAGCAAGCAUAUUGGAGAAAUAUCAGGAAAAUGAGCAGAAUACUUUAUUAUUAGUGGCUAAAAUUGGAAUUAUUUAUUGGUGGUACCAGACAGUGUCACACCCUGCCGAACUGACCGCUGGUUACUACAACACUGCUGUAAGGGAUGGUUAUGAUCCUUUGGCAUCUGUCUUGUCUCGUCAUGGAGCUGCUUUGCAAAUUUCCUGCUUUGAAAUUAGGGACACUGAGACCCCAGAAACCUACCUUUGCAGUCCAGAAAGACUACUCCAGCAGAUUAGGACUGUGUCGAAGAAAAAGAUAAUCCAUUUGACCGGAAGAAAUUCUUACGAGAGAUUUGACAAGACAUGCAUUUUCUCUUGCAGGCUGGACUACAGCAGAUACAUACCAACUGUUACUAUCCACAAGAAGAAGCUGUAAGAUCGUUUACUUAUUUUAGAUUGGAUGAAAAGGUUUUCAGGGUUGAAAAUUGGAAUAACUUUGUACCGUUUGUGAGAAAGAUGAGUACAGAUCUGUAGAAUUCCUAUUAACCCAUUUACCCAAUUUAUAUACGGAAUUGAUCCGCAACGUUA